GCUAACAGGAACAAUACUGCGUAUUUCCUAUUGGCUGAUGAAACAUGACGCAACGAGGACAAAUGAGGAAAUGAAAUGAACAAACAAAAGCUUUUGUUUUCGAUUUAUGUGACUAAGUUGUACGCGAGUCAAAAGUUUUACCAGAUAUGAGUGAAACGCUGGUUUUGAUUGGUGUCGGGUCCUUUGCCUUCUCUGGUCUGUUUUACCACUUAUACCAAGAAAAGAAAAAAGAGCUGAAAAAGCUUAAGGAAAUACCAGUUUUCAAGCCAGAUCAACAUCUGAUCAGAGUGCUGAAAGCAUCUCCCCACAAGCGACUUCAGUAUGUUGCCGUAGAAGGUCUGGUUCAGGCAGAUGGGGAACCUCUGGCCAGCCAGUUUGUCCCACGAUGCUUUGGUGUGAUUCAGAAGAUAGUAGUGGAGGAGCACUGGAAAUACUGGAACUCCCUCAGCCAGACAUGGAAUUCUCGGACAAUAAACAGAAAAGAAACCAACAAUGCAGUGCCCUUCAGUCUGAUCAGCCCUGGAGCCUACAUCACUGACUUGUAUGUAAAGAUUCAAAAGCCUCUAGAGGCUUCUGGGUGCGACUUGGAGAGAGUCUAUUUCAAAGUAAGACAAGCUGAGGAGGGCUUGGUGAACGUGGUUUUGCAGGGCUUUAGCGGAGAGAAACCUGUAGCCAUGAAGGAGAGCGAGGAGAUGCUUCGGGUGGGGAGCACCCUGACGGGUUUUGGUGAGGUGGUGCUGGAGGGGGGCAAGGUGAUGAGGCUGCAAGCCCCACAGGAUGGCCGCAAGUACAUCCUGAUACCGACUGACCACCGAAGCUUCUUGGACAGGCACGAGAGAUCGGCCAGCAUGUGGAAAACGCUGACUGCUGUUACUGGCAUCACAGGGGCUUCUCUUCUAGCCGGCGUCAUCUACAAUUUGGUUGGGAAACAGGAUGACAGAUCGAAGUAGGCAGUAUCCAUGGAGACAUGGGUACUGCAGGUAUAACAGCUGUGUCCCUGGUCUUUGGGUGUCCUUAUUCAUCUUCAGGUGUUUUAUCUUAGAUUCCAUAGCAACAUGCUGAUGCAAACUCGACUGUACAUUUCGUUCUUGUCAAGCUGCGAAGUGCAUUGCAACAACAGAGGAUGAAACAUAUUAGAAAAAUAGAAAACACCUCAUAAAAACUCAAAACACAAAAAAGCAGAAAACACAACUUUUGUGAAAACAUUUUUAAAAAACUAAAUAUUUUAGAAAACAUUAACAACCUUACAAAUCAGAAAAUCU